UGUGGAGAGGCCACAGCUCCAUAGCUCUGGCUAUGUGGAGCCAUAGAGACCCGAUGUCUCAGCUGUUGACCGCCGACUCUCAAAGCCAACUGCGCAUAACAAAGGCGAACCUUGUGCGAGAAAGUUGUCAGUGUCGUGGGACGCGGAUCGCGAUUUGAUAGCGAAUUGGCAUUAAGUGCUUCCAUUGGCGAAAUCGGUUCAACGCGAGUGCCAUGCCAAAUCCUAGCAAGCCCAACGGCGCUAAUCAGUCGACAAACAUUUCGAAUACCUGAAAACCCGAUCCGGACACCUGGAGAACAGCCCCGCAGACCACACCACACGGCAGAGAAUGCUCUUCUCCGCGGUGGUGUUGUGCCAGGUGGAGCGGCUGAUGUGCCUGCCCAUCAGCUUCGCGGUGCUGGGCUUCCUCUUCAUGGCCUGCACCAUGGAGGUGGUGCUGCUCAAGCUGACCACCACUGAUCCGGUGCUCGGACCGCCCGCCGAGGAUUGGGAGGAGAACGGGGGCCCGGAUGGCGAGGAGCAGAUCUACUACGAGAAUCUGGAGAACAACUACGAGUACUGGGCGCGCAGGAGGAUGCGAUUCCAUCGACAGCAGCAACAACAGCAGCAGCAGCAGCAGCAGCAUCUGCCCACUUAGAAGACUUAGGCUUAGACUUAUAUGUGUAUAUUUUGAAUUAGAUCGGUUUUAAGCGGCUAUACUGACUGAGCAUCUCUCCUACACCUUGUGCUUUCAAUCGCUUUCGUCGGCCUGUGCUGGUUUUUUGAAUGUUUUCGAUGGCCGUGUACGGUUGGCUUUUUCCUUAAAUUAUAUUUGUUUGUUUGUAAGCGAAAUUGCGAAUUUUGCCAUUUGAAUAAGUUGAGCGGCGAUCCGCUGGCCGAUUUCUCAUUUCGAGCACGUACAAGACACCCAGGAAUUCCCUUCUUCUCUCUUGUGUAAGAACUGUAAGUGACUGACAUAAUCCGAAUGCAUAUCGAGGCAGCCAGACGCACUGCCUCUUAGAUUGUAAGCUGUGUGUGAUAGAUGUACAUGUAUACUUUAAGCCAGGCCAUUUCGCCUAAGUUGAUUAAACUCGGUUCGAAGCCCCA